CACUUCUACUUCUAGGUAAAUUGGAAUAGUGAAUUGAAUAGAGAAGUGAGGUUAGUUAUUUUUAAAUACUGUACUGCUCAACUGCUGUAUUCCUGAGUCCCGAUCUUCUUUACUUUCAUUUAUUAGUUAUAACAAUGCUUAUUUAAUAAUAAUUAAUUACAAUCUCAUUCCAGAGUUUUACAAGAUGUUAUUGCAAAGACUAAUUGGUUCUCCAGCACUAAAUCUCUUACGUUCAAUUUACCUGCAAGAAAAAUGUUUGUGUCAGCGAUUCAAAACUGGCAAAAGAUUGCUCAGUACUAAAGGACAGGACAGCAGUAACAUCACCGAGGAAGACAAAUUCGAUUUAUUGGGUGAUGACACUGGUUUGAUGGUUGAAAAGACCAGUAAGGCUAUGAAGGCUUAUUUGGCAAGAGCUCAGAAAUACAAUGCUUUCAUGGCAGAGAAGCGGGAAGAGUUCGCUACCGGCAAAAGACAUUUGGCCAAUAUGAUGGGAGUCGAUCACAACACAUUGACACAAAAAGAUAUUGAUGAGGCUAUUGAAUACCUGUUCCCUUCUGGACUGUUUGUACCGGCUGCACGUCCUCUGAUGAGACCCCCAGAAGAGGUAUUUCCACCUAAAAAAGACGCAGAAUUUGAUGAUUUUGGUCGUCCUUUUCAUACUUUAUUCUACACAGGAAAACCAAACUACUACCAACUUUUGCAUGAUAUGACUGAAUACCUGCAAAAGCUGAACAGAUAUGAGGACACCAUGAUCAGUAAGAAUGUUCAACCGGAUCCAAAUAUCAAAAUUGAGUUAACUGGUUCAGCUUGGAUCACCAAAGAAAAAAUUGAAACGCAGUUGGUAGAGAGUAUAUCGGACAAAAUGUAUGCAAACCUAAUUGAACUCCUAGACCGUGUAGCUCAGCAUCCGUAUUCAUAUACGAUAAAAGAUGAAAUUCUAAAGUACAGAAUACCUUUCAUGUCAACGUCAUUGUCGUCCUUUGCAAACUCUGGGGUGGUGCAGCAUGAUGAUCAGGGUCGAGAAUUCGUCAGAUUCGAUAAUGAUGUUUUGAGAAGGAAGACUGCCAGGGGCUCAGUAACUGUUUACAAGAACGGUACAGGAAAGAUUAAGAUAAAUGGCCAAGAUCUAUUGUAUUUUGAACGAAUGCAAUCUAGAGAACAGAUUCUAUUCCCUCUGCAAUUCACUGGACUUCUGAAUAAAGUAGACAUUGAAGCAACCGUACAUGGAGGGGGCACUUCGACGCAGGCGGGAGUCAUUCGCUUGGGAAUCUCUCUGGCACUGCGGCAUUUUGUUGAUGAAAAUAUGACCGAGAAAAUGAGGAUUGCUGGAUUACUGACUCGCGAUGUUCGAAGGAAAGAGCGUAAGAAGUUCGGUCAGAUGAAAGCCAGAAGGAAAUACACAUGGAAAAAGCGAUAGUCAAUUAAAUAACCAUGUAUUCUACUUGAAGUUUCUACAAUAAAAUAGUCUCGUUUUCAAAUGUGGCUCUAGUAAAUCUUCGUUCACCAUUUUCAAGAGAAUAUUUGUUGAAACUGAAGCAAUAAAAAUCUUAUUUGAAGGAAAUAUUGAUCGAGGAAAGCGAUCAACAAGUUUCUAUCGGUAAGUUUUCAUUUAACCAAAUAAUACAUUUCAAAUAUUCCAGUUUUGUACGGUCUGUACACUCAUUUUUAUUAAAUUAUUUCUAAUUUCACAUAUUUGCUUUCAGUCCUACAAAAAA